AUGUCGAAUUUUUCCAAAGAUCAACCAUCAAUUCGUGUUUAUGCUCCACCAGGUGGCCAUAGCACAAAUAUUUUCGGUGUCCCUGAACCUGAACCGCCCGUGCUAGCAGCAAAGAAAAAUCAUAUGGAGUCAGAUAUCUUCGGUUGCAAACAAAAUAACACUGAUUCUGUAACUGUGAAACAAACACGAAAUAUCACCAAUAAUAUUUUUGGAAGUGAUCCUGAACCAACAGUUCAAAAACCGAGUGUCUAUUCAGGUAAAAACAAAUCGACUAUAUUCGACGAACCAUUGCCUUCACAACCAUCGAACAAACCGGACCGACAACGAUCGGAUAUCUUCGGUACAAAUGAACCCACUCAAGCAGCACCAGCACGUGCUGUAUCCGAAAAAUUCAAAUCAAGUAUAUUUGGUAGCGCAGAUGAUGAUGAUAAUCAAACAAAACGGCAACCAGGCACUCGUCAAGGUUUACGAGAUCCAAAUGCAUCACGCAUGGGUUACAAUCCAAUUAGUGGCGAAUCGUAUUCAACUAAAGAUGGUUUAAAUUCGAAACUCGAACAAAUGGAUAUUAAAGAUAAUGGCAAACAGUCAGAUGACACAGUGAAAACACCGGAACAGGAACAAGAAGAGAAAUCAGAUGAUAAUUCGACUACUAAUGGAAAUGGUCAAGAACAGGCAGCAGCUGAUAAGUCUACAAAUGGUCACUCAAAUGACACUAAUGGACAUAGCAAUGCAAAAAAUACGCAUACAAGUGUUCGUGUAUUCCAUCCGCCUGGUGGUCGAUCCAAUGGUCCACUUUGUGCGUCCUUUUUCUUAUUGCCGGUGACGAGUGUACAAACGAGAGAUUCGAUUUCUAGAUAUCAAAACAUGCUUUCAAAUGGUGCAUUAGAUGGAGACAUGUAUGGAGCCUCAUCUUUCCAGCAAGGAAGGACAUUCAUGACGCCACCACGUAAUCCAUCAGUAUUCUAUAAUAACCCAAGUUACUCUCAACCAUCUCUAAUGACACGUGAUGGAACGUUGAAUAAUAACAAUACCUAUUUAUCUGAUUUACAUGGACAUUCCGUACAAAAUAAAUUUCCACAUGCGAACAAUAUGAUCGGUGCAUCACGGUUACCUCAUUUCGGUGUCACUGGCCCAUUCAGUGGUCUCGGUCCUGUUUCCAGCCAUGCACGGAAAAGCUUACAAAUGACAAUCGAUGCAGCCGCGGCGGACAAUACUACCCGUAUAUCACCUGACCAUAAUCUUGAAUUUUACCCUUUCUCACAAGCCGGACCAUACAGCAUGCAACAAUUGACAGAUGAUGAUCUACUAAUUGGUGGUACAAAUCGUGAUGAUAAAGAACGUACAAUUCCAACUGAUAUACCAUCUGCUCGGCAGGCGCGAUCUAAUGCAGCGUAUUUUAUGGAUGAUGACUUGAGAAAUGAACUGCUCAGACGCAAUCAGAUGUUGACUGUAUGCGCAAAUCUAGAUGUUGCCGGAGUUAUGCCUGAGCGUGUUGGUGAGUAUUACAAUUUGGUACCACUUGAUAGUAACCAGGCAAAUGUUCCACAUAAAUCUCGUACAUUCCAUUAUCAGACAAUAAGCUACAAAGCGAACCAUAUUCGAACGAAUGCCAUAUGUUAUUUAAAAAGAAUGAUGGGAUGUCAAUUACAAACCCAGCGCCUUUGCGAAGUUGUCGAAGCGUGGAAGAAGGUUUCUCAUGCCAGUAUUGUCCAAUUACGGGAUGUUUUCCUAACGAGAGAUUUCGAUGACGAACAACCUUCAAUCGUCUUCGUCUACGACUAUAUUCCCAAUUGUGAAACUUUACAAAAACGACACUUCAAUAUGAAUAGUAGUCUACUAAAAGGUUGGGCAAAUCCUUAUAACAUAUCGGGUGAAGAUCGACCGUUUAGUGCUGGUAAAGGAACUAGUCAAACAACUUUACUGUCGGAAGCACUGAUCUGGGAAUAUGUGGUACAAAUAUCUUCAUUGAUUCGAACGUUACAUGGAUUAUCAUUGACCAGUCGAUGCUUACAAUCAUCAAGAAUUCUUGUAGAUGGCGACUCGAAAGGAGGACGUGGAAAAGCUAGAAUAUGGCUCAGUGGUGUUGGUAUUGCCGAUAUUCUCGAUGGAACUAUAAACGGAGCUGUUCAUCAACAUAUACAAAAUGACUUACAAGAUUUCGGUCGUUUAAUAUUAAUGUUAGCGUGUAACUCGAUUGUUGGCGCACAAAAAGAGCAUUUACAAACAUCUCUGGAAAUCGUUCAACGAAAUUAUACCAGUGAUCUGAAAAAUCUCAUCCUACAUUUCAUGUUACCAUCGAAUACAAUGAAACCGAAAAAUAUCAACGAAUGUAUGCCAAUGAUUGGUGCACGAUUUUAUGCACAAAUCGACAACUUACAUGUUCGCGGUGACAUUCUUGAAAAUGAAUUAGCUAAAGAACUCGAUUGUGGUCGACUAUUUCGUUUAGUAUGUAAACUUGAUACAUUACUCGAACGACCAGAACAUUCAAUGAAUCAAGCCUGGUCGGAAACAGGCGAUCGAUAUAUACUCAAAUUAUUUCGUGAUUUUAUCUUUCACUCAGUUGGUUUCGAAGGCGAACCUAUUGUUGAUACUGCUCAUAUCGUUCAAUGUCUCAAUAAAUUCGAUGCUGGUUCACAUGAUAAAAUCUGUUUAACAUCACGAGAUGGCCAAAAUGUCAUUAUUGUUAGUUAUUCCGAAUUACAUCAAGCAUUCGACCGUGCUUUCACUGAACUAAUGAAUUAUGGCUCAACAGGAUCAUCUUAA